UUAGGCAUCCAGGUACAACUCCCAAUUUUGCUAAACUUGAGAGAUUGAACUAAAUAAAUAAAACAAGCUUUGAGAAGGAAAAAAAAAAAAAAAAGUUCUUCCUUUCCCUCAAUCCCCGAUCAUCUGUCUUUGAAGUUCAGGAUUUCUCCUCUUUUUCAGAUUCGAGAAUCAGUUGUUAAGACAUUGCGCUUUUGCGUGUCAACAUUUUCAGGAAGAGACCCUGUGACAACAAAAGCUUUGUUGCCCUCUGAAAAGUAACUCACAGUCACACCCCCAUGGUUUUGUAUUUGUGAAGUGUGAAAAAGAACCCAUCUGAACGAUUUUCUAUUUGUAAAGCAAAAUGGCGAGUUUGAGAAGAAGUCUGAUUAGUGUGUGCAAAAUCCUAAAUUCCAAUCGGAGCUCCAUUGCUGCCACUUCCCCUCAGGCCCUUUUCAAGCCUCAAUAUCGUUGGGUUUCUGGGUUUUCUUCAAAUACCCAAUCGCUUGAUAUCGAUCUCUCCAAUGAAGAGAGCAAGAGACAAUUAUUUAACAGACUGAUAUAUAGGAGCAAACAACGAGGGUUUUUGGAGUUGGAUUUGAUUCUUGGGAAAUGGGUGGAGGAGCAUAUUCAUUCCAUGGAUGAGAAUGGUAUUAAAUCUCUCGUUCAUGUCCUUGACCUGGAAAACCCAGAUCUGUGGAAGUGGCUUACUGCCCAGGAGCAGCCCCCUGAAGGACUGGAAAUAAAUCCUGUGUUUACUGCCCUGCAUGACAAGGUUAUGAACAACCUCAACAGCUACUCUGCUCCUGAAACACGAGCCAUGCCUGGGCAGCCAUGGGUAAGAGGGUGGGAUGAUAUUAAGAAAGGUCAGGACGGCCCUAUUGCUGGGAACCAGUAGCUUUGCGAUCCACCUCUCAACAAGGUCUCAUAUGACGCGUUACUUUGUAUGAAUAAGGAUAUAAAUUUCUGUUAUGUGGUUGUUAUUUGCUGUCCCAUACCUUCUCAAGAAAUGAAUAAGGACUGUGGUGAGACAAAACCAUUAUGGGGUCUUGCCUCUAGGCCCAGGUACUGUAUCCAUAGUUGCUUAUGUAAUGUAGUAUAUUAUAACUCUUAACGGUUUAUGCCAUGGUUUGGUCUGUCCGUACUUCUACA